AUGGGCUACCUGCCUUCGUUCGGCUCGAUCGCGCGCGUCGUGGGCGGCGUGCUGGUGGUGAGCCUCAUCUCCACCGCCGGCCUGCUGUACCGCUACCAGACCUCGCUCAUCUACCCGUCCUCCUUCCCCUCGGGCUCCAAGGCCGAAGUGUCCACGCCGGACGAAUACGACCUCCCCUACACCGAGGAAGAGCUCGUCACGCCCGAUUCGCAGACCCUGCGCGUGUUCGUCAUGCUUCAAGGCACCGUCCUCUCCAAGUCGAACGAAAAGACGCGGCAACGAAAAUCCACCCCUACCCAGACCGGUAUAGCUCCCCUCGAAGUGACAGACGCAGAGCUGGCGGGCAAGCGUCCUACGGUGCUGUUUCUGCACGCCAAUGCCGGCAAUAUGGGUCACAGGCUUCCGCUCGCCGGCGUGUUCUUCAAGCGCUUCGGAUGCAACGUGGUGAUGCUCAGCUAUCGCGGCUACGGCUUUUCCUCCGGCUCGCCCAACGAACGCGGCAUCAAGAUCGACACCCAAACCACGCUCGACUUUAUCCGCUCGCACCCCUCCCUCUCCUCCACGCCGCUCGUCGCGUACGGGCAGAGCAUCGGUGGUGCGGUUGCCAUCGACCUUGCCGCCCGCAACCCUGCAUCGGUGCAUGCGCUGAUCCUGGAGAACACGUUCCUGAGCAUCCCCGAACUCAUCCCGCACGUCCUACCCCCCGUGCGACCUUUCGCAUUUCUAUGCCGCGAAUAUUGGAAUUCGGCGGCGGCAAUCGGGAAAGUGGCAGCCAAGGUUCCAGCGCUGUUCCUCUCGGGGAGGCAGGACGAGCUGGUGCCCCCGUCGCACAUGGAUGCACUGUACGCGGCGUGCAACAGCACCACCAAGCGGUUCCAGAAAUUUGCCGAGGGCACGCACAACGAUACCUGCAUCCAGCAAGGAUACUUUGAAGCCAUCGGCGAGUUUCUCCUUGCGCAUGUGGUGACGCUGGUCAACGACCGAACCGCCACGCCGAAGCAGCAAAGCUCGGGGGAGGAAAAGAUGGUGCGGAGGGAGGCGAGUGGGGAUGAGGACGAGUGGGUGCAGAUGAGCCAUUCGGAGCUGCGCGGCACUACCGAUCCAGACGCUCCUACACUCAGUAAAGCACCCAAGCUCUAG